GGACAACUCCAUGUCCGCAGUCUCUGGUCAUCUUCUGUACUAUGUCCGCAGUCUCUGGUCAUCUCCAGUACUAUGUCCGCAGUCUCUGGUCAUCUCCUGUACUGUGUCCGCAGUCUCUGGUCAUCUCCUGUAGUAUGUCUGCAGUCUCUGGUCAUCUCUUGUACUAUGUCCACAGUCUCUGGUCAUCUCCUGUACUAUGUCCACAGUCUCUGGUCAUCUAUAUUAUGUCAGCAGUCUCUGGUCAUCUCCUGUAGUAUGUCCACAGUCUCUG